AUGGAUGAAUGCCCAUAUUUAAUACCAUGGCUAGUUGUGUGUGGCGACAUGCUUCUCAUUGUUGAUCAUUGCAUCAACUUAUCAUUGGGAGCACCAGUGACCUAUAAACCCUACCGCCUCGAUAUCUGUACCAAGCCGGCAAAAUGGGUGGAGGUAAAGAAGCUGGAAAAUUGGGCACUCUUUGUUGAGGGUGAUGUGAGGAGCACACCAUUUUCUUGCAUGAGCCCAGAACUAUGGGGAGGUAGGAUGAAUUGCUUAUACUAUGCCCAUUACUCUGAACCUUGCAACAUACAUGGGCUUGGUGAUGAGGCAGAUGCUGUGUGGGAUCCGUCGACCAAUCCUGACCUUUUGUACAAAAGAAACUGGUACCGCCAGCUGCAGGCCCUCUGGGUGUAUCCAAGUGUGUUCUAUUCUGAUAGCGAAUGA